GGAACUGGGAGCGAUGGGGCGGGAACUGGGAGCACUGGGAGCAUAUGGGGGCGCUAUGGGGCGGAACCGGGGCGCUAUGGGGCAGAAUGGGAACGCUAUGGGGCAGAACUGGGCGCUAUGGGGCAGAACUGGGCGCUAUGAAGAAACUGACGUCCCCCCGUCUCCCCCAGACCCCCCAGCAUGACGUCGCCGUGGGGCUGAGCCGUGGGGCAGAGCUGUGGGGCAGAGCUGUGGGGCUGAGCUGUGGGGCAGAGCUGUGGGGCAGCCCAUGUUCCCGCGGGCGCUGCGGGCGCUGCUGGAGGGGGCGCGGACCCCCCCGGGCCGGGAGGAGGAGGGGGUGGUGCUGAGCUCCUAUAGGGCGAAUCCCCCCAACCCCGACCCACAGCAGCAGACGGAGCUGCGCGAGGCCGACGCUGUGUUCUGGGCGGCCCCCCGGCGCUAUGGGGCGCCCCACAGCCGCCUGCUGCGCGCCGCCCCGCUGCCCCGCCUGGUGCGGCACCUGCUGGAGAGCCGCGCGCUGGGCGACGGCGCCUUCGUCCCCGCCUUCCUCGGCACCUUCCGGGCCUUCGCGCGGCCCCACGACGUCCUGCGCCUCCUGCUGCAGCGGAUGGAGGAACUGGGGGGGCUCUCGGGGGACCCCGACACCCCAGCGGCGGCUGAGGCCAAGCGGGCGCUGGCGGAGCUGCUGCCCCGCUGGCUGCAGGAUUACCCCGAGGAUUUUGGGGACGCGGCGGCGGCGGCGCUGGCGGAGCGUUUGGGGUCGGCUUUGGGGCCGGAUUCGGACGUGGGGCUGCGGCUGCGGGAGCUGCGGGAUCCCCCCGAGCCCCCCGAGCCCCCCGGGGACCCUUAUGGGGUCGGGGACGGGGACGGGGACGCCGACCCGCUGGAGAUCCUGUCCUUCCAGGCGCAGGAGGUGGCCGAGCAGCUCACGCUGACCGAGGCGGUGAGACCCCACAGCCGCCCCACAUCCCAAAUCCACGGGGCCCCGUAGCCCAGUGUCCCCAUGUCCCCAUAUCUCCAUGUUCCCGUAUCCCAGUGUCCCCAUGUCCCCAUAUCUCCAUGUCCCCAUAUCCCAGUGUCCCCACGUCCCCAUAUCUCCAUGUUCCCGUAUCCCAAUGUCUCAUUGUCCCCAUAACUCCAUUGUCCCCAUGUCCCCAUGUUCCCAUAUUCUAUUGUUUUCAUGUGCCAUUGUUCCCAUGUCCCAAUGUUCCCAUAUCCCAAUAAUC